CGGAAUUACAGGUAGCACUUGUCCACGGCUAACUUUAAAGAUCAGUCCGGGAGGUGCCAAGUUGAGUGCGCGAUGAUUUGCAUUCUCUCAUCGGAACUGUGGGGAGGGAACUCGACAUUGAAAACGUAUCCGACAAGCUGCAUUAGAGAAAAGUCAAAACUACGCCUUGCUGCUAUAUAUUGGCAGUCAAGCGUAAGAGAAGGCGCUUUUUGACUAAGGAAUGUGCUUUGCACACAGUGGACGUGGAUUCUAUCCCGCGUAGGAUUCAAGCCCUUGGACUUGCUUCAGACUCUAUCAGCCCAGAACCCAUUUUCCUGGCCGCUGCGUCGACAUAACGUUGCAUUGUGCCGAUCAUCCGAAUCCUAGCUUCAGGCGUGGAGAACGACAAGCCUCCGUCUUUGCUACCACAAAUAUCAGAUACAAUUGAUUAUUGCACGAUUUCCUUUAAGAUUCUGCAUGGCUUUUUCAUUUGAAAUCAUCCACCAAACACGAAAAUAAAGAAGACGAAGUUAACUCAGAAUACGCUCAAAGCUUAUGGAAUCAGUUUCGACAGGAAUCUUUACGGUCAAGCUGAGCUUCCUCCACAUGUUGAGCAGCUACGGGAUAUUCUGCUUUCCUUUGACCAUGUACUGCCGAGUGAAACUGAAACUGAUUUUAAGGACGAGAAGGCAGCUAUUGAAGCAAUAAAUAAACGCAUAGAGAUCCAAGCUAAUACUAAUAAAACACUGCUAAAAGUUGAGACGUUGGAUGCGGAGCACAACGAUGCCGUGCCACCAGAAUCGGCUUACGAGAACAAGUACCGAAAUUUCAUUGAAGGAUUCGAGCUCCAGAAAGCCUUGAGUCUGCGCGAAAUUGCAAAAGCGCGAAAAAUGGCAGUCGAAGCGAGAUUCUUGAUACAGAAUCGAGUCUCGGAAGACUUCUGGGUGUCGCUCCUUCAUGAAUCAAUUUUCAAGGAGUUUUACAACACACAUGGCUUCGUCAAGUUCAGUUAUGAAUCACUCUCGAAAGGUUAUGCUAUGCAUAAAAUGCGACAUGGAGCUCGGCGGAGAAGCUUCAGCCGUGGAAGACGCGUGGACUAACUAAGCCGAAGCCCAACUUCACGUACACGUUUAAGAUCAUUGACAUGGCAAGAUGUGAGAAAAAAGGUCUGGAAGUCUGAAAUAACACGGAAUUUCUCGCUUGAGGUACUUCAGGCCCUUUGCGCAGCAAGUCCAAGACAGCUGAUAUAUUCUCCAAGCGGGGAUAUAUUGAGGACACUUGGGAAUGCAGACCGCACAUGGUAUUUGACCUGUUUUCCGUGGGCUGUUGUUGAGAGUAAGAAAUCAAAUACAGCUGAAAAAUAUUGUAAUUGCCAAGCAGCUAAUGCUGCAGCUGUUGCCUUGAAGAUGUUUGAAAGCUUGAUGCUUGACGAAUAUCUGGUAGGAGAUUACCAGAUACCCCCUGUCAUUGCAUUUACGACCAUCGGUGAAAAAGUUAAACUUUGGAUAGGGUACUGUGCGAAGGAUGAUGAUGGAAGCUCCUAAUACAGAAUGGUUCGAAUCUGGGAAACAUCAAUUCUAACUGCUUGGGGUGUGAUACAAUUACGCGAAGUCAUCAAAAACAUGCACCGAUGGGCAGCUGAAGAUCUCCGGUCUAUCAUUUGGACUUAUCUUCGAAGAUGGAAGGAGGAUCACAUGAGAAACAAUUCACUAUUCUCGCAAAUACUUUCUCCGUCUGCAUCAGCAUCUUCAUUUCCAGCGAAGCCAAAGACGCCUGAACAUGUAACGAAGAAUGGAGAGCGCAAACGAGUGAACGAAGUCACUCUGGUUAGACCAACGGUGUGCAAAAUGUCGCAGCAGUUAAUUCCUACCUCCAGCAAUGGCUCACCAUUUGUCAAAGAUGAACACAGCGUCUACAGAACGACUUCACUGCCUGCAAAACAAGGGCGGAACAACAGCUCCAGGGAUGUGAAAUUGAUAGAUUCCAACCAUGAUGGAGACCGCAUCAGCACCCAUGGUCAACGGAACGCUUUUGCUAUGUGCCCUACAAAUAAUCUUUCCCAGCUAUCUGAUCCUUUCCAGUCGAGCAGUAGGUUCGCAGAAAAUUCUCACUAUAUUCGGACGUCUACUUGGUUCACAGAUCUUGCAGCUCGACGAAAACAGGUCCUAAGGGAAAUUAAUGGCGCAUAUUUCUGGUAAUUAGAUCUAACUAAAGCCAGGCCUCUCCAAUCCCAUGAAGCAUUAUUAUUAGAUUGUCUAUGGGCAGCUCUUGAGCGCUGCAUAGAGGAUAACUCUUUCAACCAGAACCUCGCGAUUGACGUGGUCUCU